GGGACUCGGACGCCCCGGGCGCCGACUGAUUACGUAGCGGGCGGGGCCGGAAGUGCCGCUCCCUAGUGGGGGCUGUUCAUGGCGGUUCCGGGGUCUCCAGCCUUUUUCCCAGUUGUUCUAAAUCAGUCGGAAGCGGAGGCAGCGAAGUUUGAGGUUCUCGCUGGUGUGAAAUGACUGAGUACAAACUGGUGGUGGUUGGAGCAGGUGGUGUUGGGAAAAGCGCACUGACAAUCCAGCUAAUCCAGAACCACUUUGUAGAUGAAUAUGAUCCCACCAUAGAGGAUUCUUACCGAAAACAGGUGGUUAUAGACGGUGAAACCUGUCUGUUGGACAUACUGGAUACAGCUGGUCAAGAAGAGUACAGUGCCAUGAGAGACCAAUACAUGAGGACAGGCGAAGGCUUCCUCUGUGUAUUUGCCAUCAACAAUAGCAAAUCAUUUGCAGAUAUUAACCUUUACAGGGAACAGAUUAAGCGAGUAAAAGACUCCGAUGAUGUACCUAUGGUGCUAGUAGGAAACAAGUGUGAUUUGCCAACAAGGACCGUCGACACAAAACAAGCCCAUGAACUGGCCAAGAGUUAUGGGAUUCCAUUCAUUGAAACCUCAGCCAAGACCAGACAGGGUGUUGAAGAUGCCUUUUACACACUGGUAAGAGAAAUACGUCAGUACCGAAUGAAGAAACUCAACAGCAGUGAUGAUGGGACUCAAGGUUGUAUGGGGUUACCGUGUGUGGUGAUGUAACAAGAUACUUUUAAAGUUCUAGCAUCAGAAAAGAGCCACUGUCAAGCUGCACUGACACCCUGGUCCUGACUUCCCUGGAGGAGAAGUGUUCCUGUUGCUAUCUUCAGUUUCACAAAGAAGCUCCUGCUAUUUCCCCAACUCUCCGUAGAUCAGUACAUUAUUCUCUGUUUGAGAAGUUCUCCGAAUAACUACCUCCUCACUUGGUUGUCUGACCAGAGAAAUGAACCUCUUGUUACUCCCCACUGUUUUUCCACCCUGGUUCUCCCCCAGCACAUAUAAACAAACCUCCCAGGUUUUUCAUCUGAAAGUAAUUCAUUCAUGCUCUGAAACAGAGAACCAAACUGUAGACAUGAAAUUCUGUAGGAAACAAUGUCUUGAGCUCUAAAGUAGCAACUGCUGGUGACUUUUUUUUUUCCUUUUUACUGUUGAACUUGGAACUAUGUUGGUUUUUGGAGAAAUGUCGUAAGUUACUGUUUUGCUGAGUAUAUAGUUAAGUUUACCAUUCGGUUUGUUUGUAAUGUUAUUGGCUAUACUCUAUACCUGGCAUCUGCUCUGCAUUCAUAAAUACAAAAGUGAAUUCUGACUUUUGAGUCUAUCCUAGUGUUCUCAACUUCCACAUAAUUAAAUCUAACUUUUGCAGCAAAGUGCCUUUUUCCUAGAAGUGGUUUGUAGAUUUGCUUUAUAAUACUUUGGUGGAAUAGAUGUCUCAGAAACCAUUAUACGUGAAAAUGAAUGUCUGAGAUACGUCUAUGAUCUGUCUACCUUUGAGGGAAAGAUAUACCGACAUAAUAGCAGAUGCCGUGUCUUAUGUGUAUGAAGUUGGAUUUCCAGAGACCUGAUUUGGGUCUCUUCCAAGAGAAAGAUGAAACUGGAAACAAUUAUGAAUAACUUCACUUAAUUUUUACCUAAUCUCUACUUCGGGGCGGGGGGGGGCAGGGAGUAGGUUACCACUUACAAAAUAUAUGCAAUUUGUUUCUUCUAGCUUACUGAUAAUGAACUUCCAUUCAUAUUUAAAUUUAGGUCAUAUCCUAAAGCUUUACAUUUGCAGGUGUUCGAAAUUGUAAGUUUAAUGCAGUUUUAUUUAAUAGCUAUGAUCAAUGAUUUUCAAGCCUCAGAUGUAUUAACGGACACAUUUUCACUACCUAUCAUGAUAUUUUAAGGAUGUAUAUUAUAAUUGCCCUCCUUCCCCUUCUCAUCCCGCCACAAUGGCGGCUUGGUUAUUUCAGUUGAGUACAGCAAGGUGCUAAUAGACCAGGGUCAGGGUUUCAAAACUUGAGCAAGCCGGUUAGCAUUGCAGAGAGAGAAAUUCUUCCACAUUUGCUCACUGCACCAGUAAACUCCAGCUAGUAGUUUUGCCAGAUGCACACUAUUAGUCCUGCAAGGAAAGAAGAGGUCAGUUAGCACAGAUCCUUUACCAUGACUGGAAAAACCUGCCGUCUUGAGGAGGGUCAGCUUAGAAAUUUUUAUAAAUAAAAUCUGUAGACCAUUUUAAGCCAUGUGAAACUCUGAAUUAAACCAAUAGUUUUUCUCAUUAUUUUGAGAAUGAGGAUGCCUCAGAUCAAAAUUUUUAAAAGUUUCUUUCUUCAUGAUGUCCUUUGAAGGGUUUAAAACCAGAUGUUGAUGAAUUCGUCUGUGUAUACCAGAUAAUAAGCUGAUGGAGUUUGCUCAGAAGAGAAGUAGCCUUUCUAUAGAAAUUGCUGUUUGAGAAGGGAGUGGGAAGUAGAACUAAUUGUUAGUUAUGAGGGUUUGGAGGUACGGCGUUUGCAUUUGCAGAUAAUUUCCUGGUAACUCCAAUGAAAAGGAGACUUGGAUAACUUUUGAUGAGAGAUUAGUUCCCAGAUGGCCACUUCCUGUUCUGGUCUCUUCUGGUGUGUACGUACUGAGGUCCUCUAUCUUCUCAAACGAGCUUUCAUUUAAGGAGACUCCACACUGUCUCUAAAUGGAUUUAGAAGAGGGCAAGAACCUGCACUGUGCCCAGAGCGAACAAGCCCAGAGAGUUGUGUUCCUUAGUGUUAACUUUGAGAGCUUUCACAUACUGUCAACAGCUGUAAAUAGAAACUCCCGCUGCUGGGUUUCUGCUCCUUUUGGAACAUUGCCGUGUGACUUUCUUGAGGCUAGAGGGAGUCUUAUCACCUCAGCUGUCAUUGUCUUCCACCUCUUCCUCCUCUUCUCAUCUGUGUGACUGACAGUAUGACCCUUUUUGUAAUAUCAAAUUUAGGGAAAAAGAUACUCAUUUUUGCCCUUAUAUGUAUGUACCUUACAGUUUUUUCAAGUGUGUCCUAAGCACAGAAUUAUCUAAAUGGGGCCAAAAUUCAGACUUGAAAAUGUUCUUUUAAUAGCUUGUUAAGAAGUUACACAUAGGUGUGAAUUUUGGCACGAUAGAGUGACAGACUUACAGUUAAAUGCUGAGUAACUUCAGUUGGUGUGAAGUAAAGUGUGGUUGUUUAGAAUUUGUUUGUAAUUGCUGAAAACAGUUCUAGUUUACCUCAGAAUCUGAAAAGUCUCUUCCCCCAAGUUAAGUGCCUGGCCAGCUGUCAUGAAUUACAUACUACUUUAUGUGUGUUUGUGUUUCAAGGGUUGCACACCCAAGAGUGUGAAAAUAAGAUGUUCUGUGUAAAGGCCACCAUGCCUAGUCUGUAAAUGAAACUGUUAAGUGCUGUAUUUGCUCCAGCAGCUUACUCUAGAAUGUUACUUGGUAAUAUAAUAUCAUACUUCUUACAGUUUUCACUUUAGUGUAAUAGGUAAAGUUAUUCUCAGUAUGUCUUUUAGCAGGCCCAUGUUUAGUCUUUCAUCAUCCCUUAAACUGCUGUGAAUUUUUUGUCUGACUUGAAAGCAAGGAUGGAGAAACACUUUGAAGAGAUAUUUUCGUUUUUUCCCAUUCCAGAAUUUGUGAGCAUGGUCAUAUUUUGCUUUUACAUUUACAGUCAUGAACUCUCAAGCUGGCAGCUACAACCAAGAACCAAAAAAUGGUGCAUUCUGCUUCUUGUAAUUCAUCUCUGCUAAUAAAUUAUAAGAAGCAAGGAUAAUUAAUUAGGGAAAAUAUUUUAUUUAGGUGGUUUCUGUAAGCAAGAGACUAUAAUUCUUGUACAUUAUUUUUCAUCUUCGCUGUUUCUUUAAGCAGUGUAAUGUGCCACAAAAUUAUUUUUAAGGUGUUUCCUGUUAGGAAUUGUUUUAAACGUGUUCUCAUUAUCAGAAUAGUUGUAGAUAUGUUUCAGAAUACAACUGGUGAUUUUUAAAGGCCUGAGUACUGACCUAAGAAGCAACUGGAUGAAUUCUACUCUGGAGGGAAGGGAGGAUCUCAGUGAAAGUUGUAUGACUUUUAUAUUUCUGUGCCAUCAGAUAUAGGUAAAAAUACCAAUUGUGCAAUUCUGUUGUUUAAACAGAACUAUUGGCCUCUUUGGUCCUAAAUUAAGGGGCUGAUACUUUAAGUUGACUAUUUUAUUGUAAAUUAAUCCAUCCUAAUUUUUAAAAAUUUGGUUGAAUGUUUUUCUUGUUAAAUGUUUAAAAAAUAAAAACUGGAAGUUC